CGUUUUCGAGCUAGCCAUGGACCAGUCUCUGCCGUCGUUAGCGCCACCGCCUCUCUCUGUCCAUCGUUGUAGAUUUGUGGACUUUACACCUUCGCCAAUAACCGCACUAGCCUUUCCUCCCUCUCCACUGCCUCGUCUUUCAGGCAAAAGAACAGGAAAGGAUCGCGAACGGGAAACCAAGGACAACUUCGGUACGCUCGCCGUGGGCCACGCUAAUGGAAAUAUCGAAUUGUAUGAGUGGACUGCGGAAGAGGGGAGGGUGCAAGCCCCUCAAGGUUGGCAGCCAGUCAAGACCCUUGUAGGACCAUGUUUAUCCAAGAUAGACUCGAUGGCCUUUGUCUUGCGCUAUCCCGAUGCCAUGUCGCCUGAUGCUUCUCCUACUUGGUCAGAGCUGCGGUUAUUCAGCUCAGGAGGAGGGAGCGAGCUUGUCGAAUGGGAUUUGCAAAAAGGCUGCAUAAAGCGCACGAUCAGUUCUCAAGGAGGAGCUAUCUGGUGCAUUGCCGCUAACCCCGCAUCGUCUCUCCUAGCCUUAGGGUGUGAAGAUGGCUCUGUACGACUCCUUUCUUUGACGGCCGAUACGCUCGAGCAUCACCGUCGCUUUGAUCGCGUCAAAUGUCGUGUACUCAGCAUUGCAUGGGGACCACCAGUUCCAUCACAACCUAGACGGAAUAAACCGUCACGAGGCGCGGAGGACGACUCGGACUCCGACGAUGAUGAGGAGGAUUGGUCAGAUUCUUGGCUCGUUACUGGAGGUUCAGACAGCAGCAUGCGCAAAUGGGAUGUUGCAUCCGGGCGAGUGCUGGAUCGGAUGAGCACCGACAAAAUCAGGGGUGAACGGACACUGGUAUGGGCUGUUAGUGUCCUUGGUGACGGAACAAUCAUUUCAGGUGAUUCGCUUGGAACGGUUAAGUUCUGGGAUCAUAUAACCUGCACACAGUUGCACAGCUUCACUGCUCAUGGCGCUGAUGUGCUAUGCAUGACUGUUGGACCGGAUGGUACCUCUGUGUAUACUUCCGGCGUCGAUCAAAAGGUGAUCCAGUUCUCUUACGUGACCACCACCUCAGGCUCGUCUGCGCCAGCUAUAAGCUCUGCCUCGGGGCGUUGGACACAAUCAACCUCCAGGAGAAUGCAUUCGCAUGACGUUCGUGCUCUGGCUAUGUGGCCACCGUACGCUCCACUCCCUCCCGCCCAUAAACGAAAAGCUCGUACAGUCGCUCCCAUUCUCGUUUCCGGCGGGCUCGACAUGUCUGUGGUCCUCACUCCCGCUCUUGCUGCAAAGGCAACGUCCUCAGCGGCUGCUCCGUGUAUGGUCAACCCCAUCGCCAACGGUGUGGUCAUGACCUUUGAAGAUUCGUACUACCGACGCAUAGGGUACUCAGCAAAGAUAUGCUUCAGCCGCCAGGCACGUCUAGUCGCAAGCAUGCAUGAAAGUGGUGUUACGAUUUGGCGAGUGCUCAAAACUCCAACUUUGGACGACAUCGUGCAGGCUGUUGACAAUGACCAGCCUGAGCCCAAAGGUGGCUGGGAAAAGGCCUUAGACAUGGAGCUCAAUGUGCGGACAAACCUGAUAGCCAUAGCGCUGUCGGACAACGGACGCUGGCUUGUGGCAUCCGACAUGUAUGAAUCAAGGCUGUUCCAACUAACUACUACUCCUAACGGUACCAUCAAACCCAAACGAGUACGAUCAUUUGCCAGCGUUCUUCAAGCUCAUUUGUCGUCAAAUGGGAAAUCAAAAGCGCCUACAUCUACAGGAGCAACUUCAUUUACCUUCACGCCGGAUUCGUCAAAACUUAUGAUGGCCACCGCGACACAACCCCGCAUUCUAUAUAUGGACCUGUCAACUGAGGAACCAUCUGUCCUACGAAGAUUUGAUCAACACCUCGAGCGAUCCCGACGUGUUGCUGGACGAAUACAACGUGGUGUAUCGAAGGAGGCCGGGAUUGAUGAACCUGAAGAGUCAAAUAGUUCAGCGGGCUCUGAACUGUCCAGUGUCGUCAGGCUGGCUGUUUCUCCCGACGGGCAAUGGGCCGCAUCUGCGGAUGACUCAGGUCGAAUAAAUGUUUACAACCUCGACUCCCUACAGUACCACACCACGCUGCCGUCACUGCCACUAUCUCCAUCCACGCUCUCGUUCAUCCCAAACGCGCCACAUACGUUGUUAGCAACGCUGCCGAAUAACACCAUCCACGCCUUUGAUGUCGAGAAUGGCGAUGUGCCUUCGUGGUCCAAGGAACUGAACGCCCGACUUCCUCAAAACUUUACAGGGGCCUUUGAUCCCGUCCUCGGUGUCUUAUUUGAUCCCGUUGCGUCGUGCGUGCAAACGAACGGGGUAGCUCCCGAAGACACUGCCCCGUCUUCGAAGGACGCACUCUUCUGGGGAUCGACGUGGGUUUGCAGGAUUAAGCUUGACUGGGAAGGCUCUUGGCGCGGCCCGCGAAAACGUCGCAAGUCGACAUCCGGCCCGCGGCCAGGAGUUCACACCGUUGGGCAAGACGGACAGCACCUCAAGAUGGUCACGCAGUAUCGCCCUAUCCUGGGCGCAGACUUCUUCGGACCCGGGGAGUUGGUGGUGGUCGAGCGUCCCCUCGUGGAUGUGUUGAGCAAGCUGCCACCGGCGUACUUCAAGCCAAAAUAUGGCGCGACAUAGUCGUCGAGCCUUUUCACGUAGUAGCGGGGUUUGGAAUUUAUUGCCUG